UGAGAGAGUGGGGCUGGGGGUGGGAAGGUUUAGCAGUGAGCCUUCACAGCGUCAUCUUCUCUCUCUACCAGGAAGCAGGCUGAGGGCUGAGGGAAGGCAGAGGAGAGAGAUGAAUGUGUUCCAAAGGUUGCCUGGUGGCUCAUGGCAUCCUCCAAAGUCCUGUCUGCGAGCUGUUCCUGACCAAGAAGACCCAUGGAGCCUGCCUCUGAAAUCAAGUCCCGAUGAAGAACUAAGAGGGAGAGAGUGACUAUGGUCUUUGCUCACAGAAUGGAGAACGACCAGCCAUCUGUGGUGACUGCUACCCUGCUGGUGCCCCUUCAGAACCGCAGCUGCGUGGAAGCAGCCGAGGCCCUGCUACCCCAUGGCCUGAUGGAACUGCAUGAGCAGCACAGCUGGAUGAGCAACAGGACAAGCCUUCAGUACGAGCUGAACCCUGGAGAGGUGGCCACAGCCAGCAUCUUCUUCGGCGCUUUGUGGUUGUUCUCUAUCUUUGGCAACUCCCUGGUGUGUCUGGUCAUCCACCGGAGCCGGAGGACUCAGUCCACCACCAACUACUUUGUGGUCUCCAUGGCAUGCGCUGACCUUCUCAUCAGUGUGGCCAGCACACCCUUUGUUGUGCUGCAGUUCACCACCGGGAGGUGGACCCUUGGUAGCGCCAUGUGCAAGGUGGUCCGCUACUUCCAGUAUCUCACCCCGGGUGUCCAGAUCUAUGUGCUGCUCUCCAUCUGCAUAGACCGCUUCUACACCAUCGUCUACCCACUGAGCUUCAAGGUGUCCCGAGAAAAGGCCAAGAAGAUGAUUGCAGCCUCCUGGAUCUUGGAUGCAGCCUUUGUGACGCCUGUCUUCUUUUUCUACGGCUCGAACUGGGACAGCCACUGUAACUACUUCUUCCCUCCCUCCUGGGAGGGAACUGCCUAUACUGUUAUCCACUUCCUGGUGGGCUUUGUGAUUCCCUCCAUCCUCAUAAUCCUGUUUUACCAGAAAGUCAUAAAGUAUAUCUGGAGAAUAGGCACCGACGGGCGGACCCUGAGGAGGACGAUGAACAUUGUCCCCAGGACAAAGGUGAAAACGGUCAAGAUGUUUCUCCUCUUGAACCUGGUGUUCCUGUUCUCCUGGCUGCCUUUCCAUGUGGCCCAGCUCUGGCAUCCGCAUGAGCAAGACUACAAGAAGAGCUCCCUUGUCUUCACGGCAGUCACAUGGGUAUCCUUCAGCUCUUCAGCCUCAAAACCCACUCUAUACUCUAUUUAUAAUGCCAAUUUUCGGAGAGGGAUGAAAGAGACUUUCUGCAUGUCCUCAAUGAAGUGUUACCGCAGCAAUGCCUACACCAUCACGACAAGCUCAAGGAUGGCCAAAAGAAACUAUGUGGGCAUUUCGGAAAUCCCUCCCGUGAGCAGGACGAUAACCAAAGACUCCAUCUAUGACUCAUUUGACCGUGAGGCCAGGGAGAAGAAACUUGCCUGGCCCAUCAACUCAAACCCACCAAACACUUUUGUCUAAUUUCUAAGAAUUCUUUCACUGUUAUGUGCCAGAGAUUAAAAAGCUUUAACUAUAAAGAGAGAAUUGAUUUACUUAGCUUUCACUAAGCUUCCAUUUUGUGAAAUGUA